GAUGGCUAAGGAAAAUAAGGAAUGGUUAGAAAGAAUGGCUUUAUGGGUGGAUGAAAUCUCAUACAGAAUAAGUUCUACAGCUACAGUGGGCAUAGUGGACAUAUCGCCUCCAGGAGAGUUGUCUGAAUAUAUCUAUGAUGAACAUAAUAUGCCGCUACUGCAAUUUGUGUUGAGAACUCAAACAGUUUUAGAAACAUACCCUAAUGCAACCGAUAGGGAUGUAUGGAAGUUGUGGAAGAGUGGAAUUGGAAAGGAUGGGCCAACCAUUAAUGAUACUAUAGAAAAGGUAAAAAUUGGGUUUGGUCAGAGUAGGGAGGAAGGAAUGAUGGUGUCAUUGGCCAUCUUACAGAGAGAGAUAUCUAAUGGGCUAUGCAGCAGAUUCCUCGAAAAGUUCAGCUUGGAAGUAAAUGAGGCCUUUCACUCAGCACCCCUUCGAGAGGAACUACUGAAAUUCAUAAAUUCAAUAUGUAAAAAUGAAGAGGCGAUGACAAUGUACAAGAAAGAUGAUGCUAAGAAUAAGAAAUUCAAACCAGCGUCAGUCACAACCCACAAGAAGAGGACUGUUCUUAUGGCAGCAAAAAAGGGAUCCUAUGAGAGAACAAACUCUGCUUUAAAUGUAUUGGAACAGGACAUCUGGUUACGGCCUGUCAGUCUGGUGUCAGAUGCAACAAGUGCAAAGGGAAUCAUAACACCUUACUGCAUGCCUCAAAAGAGGCUACAUCAGGGUCUGGGACCAGUUAUAGCACACCCAGAGUUAAACCCAAAUAUAAGAAGGUCAGUGGAGUGA